GGUGGUGGUCAGAAUGAGGAGCUGUUAGCGUCUCUUAGUGGAGAUAUAAGUCACACUUAUUAACGUUUCAGGUUGUUGUUGACCAAGACAGCUGCGUCAUCAUGUCAAGUCCUUCUCUGCUCGUCCUGUAUGGAAGCCAGAUGGGUACGGCCCAAGACACGGCACACAGGAUCGUGCGGCAGGCGCAGAGAAGGCGGAUGCAAGUUAAAGUGUUGCCUUUGGAUAGCUACAGUGUGGCCAACCUGAUCUCAGAGACUCUGGUUGUUUUUGUUUGCUCCACCACUGGCCAAGGAGACCCUCCUGAUAAUAUGAAGAACUUCUGGAGGUUUCUCUUUAGGAAGUCUUUACCUGCUGGCUCUCUGGGUCGAUUGGACUGUGCAGUACUGGGCCUGGGGGACUCGUCCUAUCCCAAAUUCAAUUUUGUGGCCAAGAAGCUUCAUAAGCGGCUUCUGCAGCUGGGUGCCAGCGUGCUACUCCCUGUAGGGCUGGCAGAUGACCAGCAUGACCUGGGGUCAGAUGCUGUGAUUGAUCCGUGGCUCGCAUCACUUUGGGAGAAGGUAUUCGCUCUGUACCCAUCUUUAGCUGAAGUGAUCCCACUGAAAGAGGAUGAACCACUCCCUCCAACGUACACUUUCCACUUCUUGGAUGAUGUGAAAGAGGAGAUAGAUGACAGGCUCAGGAUUCCCAUGGAUCAAACGGUCCCCUCCCAGUCCCAUCCCUUUCCUGCUAGAGUGGUGUUCAAUAAGAGAGUUACGGAGCUGUCACACUUUCAGGAUGUGAGACACAUCGAGUUUGACAUUACUGGAUCCAACAUUGAAUUUGCUGCUGGUGAUGUUGUUGUGAUGCGUCCUUGUAACUCACCAGAGGAUGUAGAGCUCUUCUGUCAGCUGCUGCGGUUAGAUCCAGAGACCCUGUUCACUCUCAGGGCCACAGACAACACUGCAGUUCCAGCCAGGCUUCCUCAGCCCUGCACUGUGCGCCAGCUGGUGGAGAGCUUCCUGGACAUCGCUGCUGUGCCUCGUCGCUCUUUCUUUGAGCUACUGUCUACCUUUGCCACCAAUGAGCUGGAGCGGGACAAGCUGGCUGAAUUCAGCUCAGCAGCAGGACAGGACGAGCUGCACAGCUACUGCAACCGUCCACGACGCACAGCGCUGGAGGUCUUGGCAGAUUUCCCCCAUACCACAGCAGAACUUAAAGCAGACUAUCUCUUUGAUCUUUUCCCUGAGAUCCAGCCUCGCUCAUUUUCCAUCGCCUCCUCUCUCCAGGCUUAUCCGAACAGGCUUCAGAUCCUGGUAGCUGUGGUCCAGUACAAAACCAAGUUGUAUAAACCACGAAGAGGCCUCUGCUCCACUUGGCUAGCCUCUUUGGACCCUGCACAAGGAGAGGUGUAUGUGCCUCUGUGGGUGAAGAAGGGAGGUCUGAAGUUCCCUAAAGAGAAGAGCACCCCGGUGAUAAUGGUUGGACCUGGAACAGGAGUCGCACCCUUUAGGUCAGCGUUACAAGAGAGGAUUGCUGAGGGAAAAACUGCCAAUGUCCUGUUCUUUGGCUGUCGCUCUGAAAUCAAAGACUUCUACUUCAAGUCAGAGUGGGAGGAGAUGACGAAGGCUGGACAUCUGGUCCUGUUCACUGCCUUCUCUCGAGAUCAGGAGGACAAGGUCUAUGUACAACACCACGUGAGGGAAAACGCAGAGCUCCUGUGGGACCUGAUUGCCAAAAAAAGUGCCUGUUUUUACAUCGCUGGCAACGCUAAAGAGAUGCCAGCCAGCGUGUGUGAUGCUCUGAAAGAGGUGUUCCAGCAGGAGGGAAGUGUGACUGCAGAGGAAGCUGAGCAGAUGCUGGUGGCUAUGGAGAGGACGGGACAAUUUCAGAGCGAGACGUGGUCCUGAUCAUGUUGCCUCAGCCCAUUCCAUCUUCAGCUGCAUGAGACUGCUCCUACUGUGGAGCCAUUCUUCCGCCAACAUCAGCAUAUUUAACCCUGGAUUCUUCACCUUAUGUAACAGCACAUUUGACUAAAUACCACAAGCUCAAAGCUCCAUUUACUUGCGUUUGGAGUUUUCAACUGCAUCUCUCAGCCUUUAGGUGUGUUUCCACCGCAGGAACUUUGUCCUGAGAAUAGAACCUUUUUCUAGCCAGUGCUUAACACCACUGAUUGAUCGCUGGAAACCACUGUUAUACACCCAGCAUUGUUAAACACCUGCUAAUUCAAAAGGGGUUGUACUAGUUGUUUGUGGCUGAUGGUAAGUUCAAUUUUGACAUCUUUGCAGAGUCCCCUUUUGUGAAAACUGUAUCACAGUUCUGGCAGUAACUCUGUGGAAAAAAAGGUUGGAUUAUUUGGUUACAUAUGUCAACAUACAAUAGUUUUCUUUGUCUUGUGCAGUCACUGCAGGCUGUAACAGGACAUUUGCAUUCACGAUGCCAUUUUAAAAUCAGGAAAAAAACUCACUGUAUAAUCAACACUUAAGACAUCUGAAGCCAUUGAACAUCUUUGGCUAAGUAGCUAUUUGAAAUAGAUCGUAUAGAGUGUAAAAACAUCUAUGCACCGAUGCACCCUUUUUCCAGAUGCUUUUAAUUCUAUCUGAACAAGACUUUAAUAUUUGUAAUUGAAACUGAACUUAUUCCACUUGCUGAGCACUAUAAACACACAGUCUGUAUUGACUACUGCCAGACUUCCAAGCAGAAAAUGAAAAUAUAAUGCAUAAUUAUGUGAACUGUAUUACCAUAAAGUACUGCAACAAGUGCAUCCUAAACUUAAGGAAUAUGUAAACUUGACAUUCAGUAAUAUGGACCAAUGGUGUUACAUUCUACAGUGUGAGAUGUAAUCAUUGUGGUUUUAAAUAUGACAUAAUAAACCAUCUCAACACUCCA